AUGAACAUUCAUUUUGCUUCAAGUAUCUUCCUUCUCAUCUGCUUUCAAUUUCUCAUCAUCAUAAAUUUGUUUAUUCCUAAAGUAGACACUUGUGCUUGCCAUUCCAGUGGCAGUAUAAUAGGCAAGGCUCCCCCUCCAGGAACAUGCAAUCUGGAGGACAGCUCUGCCUGUUGCGUCGACGGUCAGGUUUACGACCUUUACGAUUGUUCGCCCCCUGUUAAACGCCGUACAAAGGCAAACCUGACCCUUCAAAGCUUCGAUUAUGGCGGGGAUAAAGGUCGGCCAGCUGAGUGCGAUCAGAAGUACUACGAAGAUGGUGACCUCGUAGUGGCGCUUUCAACGGGAUGGUUCGAUCGUGAACGCAGAUGUUUGAAGUUCAUCAACAUCCGUGGCAAUGGAAGGCGUGUUAGAGCAAAGGUUGUCGAUGAAUGUGUGUCGAGCGGGGGGUGUGAUGAUGCUCAUGAUUACGAGCCACCUUGUGGUAACACCAUCGUUCGUGCCUCCAAAGCUGUUUGGAGUGCUCUGGGAGUCCCCGAUACUCAAUGGAACAGAUUGGAUAUACAUUGGUCCGAUGCAUAA